AUGAUAUUCUGCAGAGAGGAUGUCAAAUCUCUAACUGCUAUUGCUGAGCUCUUAAAGGACUAUGGGAAAUUCUCUGGCCAACACUGCAAUCAUUCCAAGUUUCUUAUUUAUGCUGGUGGAAUGUCAAAUGCUAGGCAUAUCAGUUUGGCUAACCAUAUUGGAUUCACUAUGGCUAUCCCUCCUUUCAUCUAUCUUGGAGUCCCAAUUUUUGUAGGUAAACCUAAAGCUUGCUACUUUAUGUACAUUGCAGAUAACAUUAGGCUUAAAUCGGCUGCUUGGAAAGCUAAAACUUUAUCUAUGGCUGGAAGAAUUCAACUGGUGAAGUCAGUCAUCCUGAGCAUGUUGGUGCAUUGCAUCUCAAUAUAUAACUGGCCUGGAAGCUUAAUUAAGAUGAUUGAGACUUGGAUAAGAAACUUUGUUUGGAGUGGAAACAUGAAGAAAAAAAGACUGUCACUGUUGCUUGGAAAACCUGCUGCAGGAAAAUGA